AUGGGAUCGAGAGAUAACGGAUCCAGAGAACUCUUCACGCAGUCUCUUUACGCCCAAUCGGUGCCAGUUGGAGCAAAAAAGGAAAAGGAAAAAGACAAAGAUAUGAGCAUGGCGCCAAAAAGUAUGCCUGCAACACCGACUCCUACAAGUACUUCAAUGUCAAGAAAUCCAUCUUCAUCGCCUGCAACUACACCAUCAAAAGGAGAGAUGCCGAGAAAUGAUAAAUCUUGUGAUAGAAGAGAUGAUAGAAAAGAAAAAGAAGAGAAAACAAUGGGUGACAGAGGACGUGAAAGGGAGAGACAACAAGAAGCUCCACCAGACGCCGAAAAGAAAAAAAAGAAAAAGAAAGGGCGUGGUCGCAUCACGUCAGCAGGGUCGUGUUCAGUCGCUGAUGACAAAACUGUCAACGCUACCGAACGGGACGAUUUUCCAGUUUUAGAGAAGAAGCUCCGUGAAUUCAACUUUUACCACGGAUUCCUCCCACGUGAAGAUCUUCAAUCCACGUUGCAAAACCCAGGAGAUUAUUUGCUUCGAGUUUCGGAAGUGGUUGAGGGGGAGACUAAAGUUAAUCGUGAAGUGAUUUUGUCGUUGAUCCCUAUUCUUGUUGAAGGGAAAGAUGAAGAUGAUAAAAAGAAAUGUCGAAAUGUAUGUAUCAAACGUGUUCAACAAAGCAACAAGUUCUUCUGUGAAAUGACGAGACUCUUCGAUUCCAUUUCGGAUCUUAUCAAUUACUACACAAAGAACACUGGAACUUGUUCAGCGGGAACAUUUCAGCUGAAAACUCCCAUUCUCCAACAACCAUGGGAAUUCAUGCAUUCAGAUGUAACUGUUGGUGAUAAACUCGGAGAAGGAGCAUUUGGGAAAGUAUGUCAGGGUACAUUGAAGCUCAAAGACGGAAGUACUGUAGAAGUGGCAAUCAAAAUGACAAAAGUUUCUGCGUUUCUCAGUAAAAUAAAGAUUAAAGAAAUGAUGAAUGAAGCAAGAUUCAUUCGCAACUUCAAUAACAAAAAUGUUGUUCGUUUGUACGGAGUUGCUCAUGAUGAGCAGCCACUCUACAUCCUUUUGGAACUCGUCAAAGGAGGAUCCUUGCUCGAUCAUUUGAAGGCUGCAAAGACAAAUGGAACCAUUGUGACGGUUGCAGAAAGAAUCAAAUUUUGUAUUGGAGCAGGAAAAGGAAUUGAAUACUUGCAUCGUAAUAAUUGUAUUCAUAGAGAUAUCGCCGCUCGUAAUUGUCUCCUUCACGACAAAGAAGUCAAGAUCACAGAUUUUGGACUCUCUCGCACUGGACCAUCUUACAAAAUGAAGACAAGUUGUAAGCUGCCCGUCAAAUGGCUAGCACCGGAGACUUUGAGCACUUUCACAUUUUCCUACGCAACGGAUGUUUACAGUUGGGGAAUCACUUGCAACGAAGUGUUCGCUGAUGGUGCUGAACCAUUUGAAGGAGUAUCAAAUGCCGUUGUCAAGGCUGAUACCAUGGCGUUGAAGUUCCUUCCGAUGCAUCCAAAUUGUCCUGAAGCAAUCAGAAAAUACAUGGGCAAUUUUAUUUUUGUCGACGGAGGUCGUCGUGCAACGAUGUCGAUGGCACUUGUUGAAUUUGAUAGACUUACAUUGAUGUGUGAAAAUGGUGGAAUGGAUGGGGGCGGAGCAAAACAGAAAAUACUAAAAGUGUUCAAGAAGAAACAUGAGAAACAAUCGAAAGGAGAUUAG